CUUACUAAAAACCAGUUUGGAAUUCGUAAACACAGACAUGUAAAAAAGAAUAACCAUCAAAUCAACCUUGACCAUUGUUGAUUACAAAAAACGACGCAAACAAUCAACAAACCAAAGCGACAACUUUGAUAACCGUGUUGUGUUCAGCAUUUGUUUUGUCUGCGCCAGCCAGUGCUACGAUACGGAAGUGUGCUCUUCUCUUCUUAGCUUGCGUCAAGCAACGUGACUUCUUCAACGAUCCACAAAUAAAUGAAUUUUAUGACAGGAAUCUUACUGCAUGAUCUGUUUUUACACAUUUAUUUUUCUAAAAGUCUGACUUUGAGUCAUUAGCGUGUGCCCAUUUCAGUACAAAAGGGCGCGAACUUGUGGAAAAACACUUGUGCUCCAUUUAGCCGAACGGCACGCACAAUACGUAAUCAGAAGCAGGCGUGGGUGGGCACACCAAAAAGAAAAGAAAACGACAAAAAGCAACAACAACUGCAACAGUUGGCGGCGACAGAAGAAAAGCUAAAAAAAAGGCUACGGACUAAACCCACCUUAGUGUGCAUUGUAUUGGGCUAUAACAAUGGUUUCCUACUUUGUGCCUCGCGGCCGUUUCCUCCUUAAGGCCGGCAAUUUAAGGCAGGUGAUACAACAGCAGCAGCAACAACAAACAAAACAUACCGCUCAACAAAAUGGAAAAUGGCCUGUUUUGCGACAUUUUCGUCAAUCAUCAACAAAACCCAAUGCAGUUUCACACUCUAAAGAGUCGCCAUCCCAAGCCAGACAAGAUAUGAUUAACAACAACAACACGCUCGAGCGAGCACAGCCCAAACCGAAGCAGAAACAACAAAAGAGCGAUCAGAAUCUUCUAGAAGUUCAGCGGAAUGCUUUUUGGCGCUGGACCGGUUUUCUUUUGCGUUGGGCGCCAAUGGGUAUUUGUGUGUUUGGCGCCAUCGAAUGGCAAUGGCACAAGCGACGCUGCCAUCAUGAGAAUACACCGCGAACGGCGUCAGAGUUCCAGUCCCGUGUGUACUGUUCACUACCUUUGCGUAUUAUCAGUCGCUGCUGGGGCUGGCUAGCGGCAUGCUAUAUGCCGGAGCCGUUGCGACCCUACGUCUACGGCUGGUAUUCGAGUACGUUUAAUGUCAACAUAAACGAGGCACUCUAUCCGGACUAUGGCCACUACAGCAGCUUGGCACAGUUCUUUACGCGACCUCUGAAGGAAGGGGCGCGCACUAUAGAUUCGCAAGCGCCUUUAGUCUCACCCGCCGAUGGCAAAGUACUGCAUUUUGGCAGCGCUGCUGAUACCCUUAUUGAACAGGUGAAGGGAGUUAAUUACAGCAUUGAAGACUUUUUGGGACCACUGCAGGAAUCGGCAGCUGCCGAGAAGUCGUCAGCGGUAAGCUAUGCGCAGGCAAUCAAACAAAAGCGUGACGGCUCAACAGAGCUGUUUCAAUGUGUUAUUUAUCUAGCGCCCGGAGACUACCAUCGAUUUCAUUCACCUACCGCCUGGCAGCCGCAGGUGCGUCGCCAUUUCUCUGGCGAACUACUCUCGGUUAAUCCCAAGGUGGCCAAUUGGCUGCCCGGCUUGUUCUGCCUGAACGAGCGAGUCCUGUAUAUGGGAAACUGGAAGUAUGGUUUCUUCAGUUACACCGCCGUGGGCGCUACAAAUGUGGGCUCUGUUGAAAUCUAUAUGGAUGCUGACUUAAAAACUAACCGCUGGACAGGCCUCAAAAUGGGCGCACAUCCGCCCAGCACCUAUGAAUACGAUGAACUGCAGCUGAACACACAGGAACAGGAGCAACUCAAAUUUGAUAAAGGCGAACUUGUUGGACAAUUUAACAUGGGCAGCACCAUUGUCCUGUUAUUCGAAGCGCCGAAGAAUUUCAAAUUCGACAUUAUUGCUGGCCAAAAAAUACGCGUGGGCGAUUCCCUGGGACACAUUGUAGAGUGAAAAUGAGAUAGAGAUGAUAAUAUUUAUAAAAAUCCUAAACAUGCAACUGAAUGUGAUGUGCAUAUACCUAAAAGAGAAAAUAUCGGCUGUUAAGUCCGUUAGGCUCAUAUUCUUUAAAGAAUGUAUGUAUUUUUCAUAUGUUUCAUUCUCACACAACCUGCAUAAGUCAUACCCCUAUGAUCUGCAGCUAUGUCUUACAAAGCCCAGUCAAAAUUUAGAUCUUAGGCCCUCGAAACAUUUUUACAACAUAUGUAUUAGCAUUAAGUGAGCAACGUGUAUCCUCGUUUGUAUUUAGUUGCCAUAUGUUUUAAAAGCUUUUUAUCUAGUGUAUGUGUUUUUAAACACUUGCGAAACUAAUUGUAUUCUUUGAUUUGUAUAGUUUGUAGUGCGUUUAUAUUUUGAAUAAAACGAUUUUUGAAUAAAA